UCUGAUCUUCACGCGCUCGUUUCCGGGUAUUAAAAGUCGAGUGGUGGUGGUUGUAGUUGUGGCGGAAACUGACUGACCGGUGAGUGCCGGCGAGCACAAAGCAAAGAGAAGCUCUGGGUUCCCAUCUCCUUUUUGCCUGAGAAAUAGAAGCAAAAAAAUGGCGAAGAAAGCUUCAAAGUCGAAAAAUGAUCGUUCAUCUUCAACCUCCGUUGCUUCAGCUAAGAGUCCAUCAACAACAUCCAAUCACCAAAUGGUAUUGAGGAUGAAAUCAAGUGACAAAAUGAAGAAGAUAGCUCAAGGGAGUGUUGUUAGCGAGAAAGAAACGAGACCCAAGUCAAGGCUCAAAUCGAAGCUGCAGCAGAAGAAGAAAACAAAAGUCGAUGCUAAAAUGCCCAAGAAACCACCGACUGCUUUCUUUUAUUUCUUGGAGGAUUUCCGCAAGGAAUUUCAAGAGCAGAACCCGGAUAUCAAGUCAAUGCGUGAUAUUGGGAAGGCAUGUGGUGAGAAGUGGAAGACGAUGACAUAUGAGGAGAAAGUUAAAUAUUACGAUAUUGCAACUGAGAAACGAGCAGAAUUUGAUAGAGCCAUGGCAGAGUAUAAUAAAAGAAAGGAAAGUGGCGAAGAUGAAGAAACUGAAGAUGAUUCGGAUUAUGAGGAAUAAAUCAAAACCUUAGUGUUGUACCAGGAAAUGCAUAGAUGUAGUGGUUUAUGACUUACGAAUUGCACAUAUUGAUGUAGGGGGAUAUGAUCAUCAUUCCUGUAUCAUUUUUUGUGUGUAAAUUUUCUGCUCGGAUAUUGCCCUUACAUUAUUGCC